UAGUGGUGUAUAACCUUCCGUAUGGAAUCUUGAGCAUGGAAAAGAGUGUUUUCCAGGAAAAAUCAUGGAUUCUGACGACAUAAGAGUAUUCAUCGAUAAAUUGAAUCUACAGCUCAAUUUGUUCAGUUUUGAUUGGAUGGCACCCAUACCGAUGUCAUUUAGUGAUCUCUCUAGAGCAAACAGAGUCAGCGAUAAAGCCUUCCGAAGCUUGAAUCUUCCAAAGCAAUUUAGGGGGAAACUGUUGAAGGAUUUAUUGAAAACUGUAGAAACCGGGCGUUUGAAACCCAUGGGCACAGACACAGCGUGUUCAUCCUCAAAAAGAAAACAGAGCUCAAGUUCUUUUGGCUUUGAGCCUGCUGCAAAAUGCAUGAGAACUGAACAGCAUGAUAGUAAAGAGGAAGAUUGUCAGAGUGGUUCCAGUACAGCUGAAAAUCAAGAUUUAAUGAAAUGUGGAGAAGAGGAACCAGAAUGUGAAGACCAGCUAGAUUUCAAAGACAAAAAAGUUUGCGAUGCUAUUCAAAAUCUGAAUGCGUUCCUUGAAAAGGAAAACUUAGAAAGUCUAAGGAUUGUGCUGAGAAAAUCAAGAGAUGAAGGGGAACUUGAGAUAGGCCUCGGAAUUCAUCUUUUUACAAAGUUGGCAGGGAAGGCAGCUACAAAUAAAAGGAAAAGUUUGAGAAAAUGUCCCUGUGGAUGCCUUGAAAAUAUCAGUGGGGAGGAGAACAUGUGGAUUGGAUCACAGAGCACUUGGUAUGGAGAAUUGGAUAUAUUAACAGGAAACCCUAUAAAGGGAGAUUCCGUCUCGGUGUCUUUUGACCAAGAAACAGAAGAUGGUGACAUAGAUAUGCAUGGAACAAGUAAAGAUGUUACAGAACAGUUUGAAUGUGAAGAUGUAUCAGAGGAAGGAGAUCAGGGUGAAAGUCCAGGAGAUGGAACAAAUGUUGAAGUCAAGUAUUCUGGACUUAGACUUAGACCAGCACUCAAUCAGGUGAUAGCUCAGGCUGUUGUAUUUGCUUUUACAGAAUACAAUAGACAUAAAACUAAGGGAAAAUGUAUACCGUCAAUAUUAAUUGACAAGUCAGGAUUUCAGUAUGUGAUAUACAACCCAGUUGAUGACAUACUGCUUGUUUCUAAUUACAUGAUGUUUGGAAGCAAAGAUGACUUUGAUCCUGCCACUGGUUUCAGGCCCUUUGUUGUUCUGUGGAUGAUUUUAAACCACAGAGUAUUCUUUUUAAAAAAUCCAAAUUUUAAGAAGCCAUGUGUUAGAAGUGGUUUUCAUAAGCAAAUAUCUGAAUUGGAGCCGUUCAAAAACUUAUCCGGUUACUCGAAAAAUAUAAUGAAUUCCGAUUACUAUGAUUUUCCAAAUGACACUCCAAACACAAUUGGUUCUGAAGGACUGUACUGGUUCCUCAAUAGAAAGAGCUUAAUAUAAAAUUGUAUCAGAUCUUCAAGACCAAUCGCGGCAAUCGUGUUAAUCAUAGAAAAGUUUUGAACGGUUCACACUACCACCCUUUGAAAUCACUGUUUUAUCGUAGCCUAAUCGUGUUAAACCUAUCAGAUCUUAACAGAUGUUCAGAUCAAUCAUGGCAGUCCUGUUAAUUCAAAAUGUAAGGUCACUCACAAAGACCCAUAGCUCUAUCAUACAUUUUGACUGAAUUAUCCCCCUUUUGGAUUAAAAGCAACUUGUUCACACUUGGCAGAUUUGAUAAAAAUAAUAUUUUUUGUUUCAAAGUACAACAUGUACAUGUAUGAAUGAAAUAUGUCAGUCAUGUAAAUUUACUUGAAAGUCGACUGUUGACAACUUUCCUGUGUCCAGAUAUACAGGCAUGACCAGGAUUUUUUUGCAAAAUUCUUUCCUAGAAAAUAAAACGUGACGUUUGUUUUAUUAGCUCGACUAUUCAAAGAAUACCGUAUUUCAGUGUGUAUAGGUCGCACUUUUUCUACCCAUUCUGCUGCCUGAAAAAGUUCCUGCGACCUAUACGACAGAACAUUGCCACCAGUUUUUUUUUUCGGGCCAAUUUUCUGACCGUAGCUCUAGCAAAAUUACGUGCAUCUGUUACGAACGAACAAAAUGGAUAAAAAAUAUCAAUAUCGGCGGCUUUUCAACCGAUAGCGGUUACUUUCAAUAAAAUAUAUCGUAAAUAACCCAUACAGACUAUUAAAAUUACGAAUGACUUUAAUUCAAAGAUGUUUUUGCAGACUGAAUCACGUUUGUUUCUACUUUCGUUUUACUGGACGCCAUUGACAUGUACUCCGGGUUGGAUAAAUUCUGGACAGAUCCGUCCUCCAUUCCAAACAUUGUUUAUACUAAGUCUUAGCGUAUUAAAAAACUUGAAAGAUAAUUUUUUACUUUUAAUUUUUAAAUAAAAGAAAAAAAUCCAAAAAGAGAUAUUUUGUUAAUCUUUUUUCUCAGAAUCAAAAGAACGCGGUUAAUUACAUGACACGGAAAGGUGUUAUAAUUGCUGUGCAAACAAUUCACACUUAAACUUGCAUGAUAACAGAAUGUAAACGCAAACCGUCUGCUGCCAAUUAGUGUCAAAAAGCCGCUUUUCUUUGAGAUAAUCUGUUACCGAUACUACUGUUGGUACGAAACGGUUGGGAACGAAAACAACACUGUCCGAUUUCCACCAAUCAGGUUCUGAUAAUAAUUCAGUUCGCGGCAUCAAUAUGGCCGCCGCCAUAACUUUUUUGCCGGUAAAUAUUAAAUAUUGCUGGGGAAAAAAUCCGAAAUUUAACUGCGACUAAUACGCUAGAAGUUCAAUUUUCCGACCAUUUCCAGAGCAAAAAUUAGAUGCGGACUAUACAUUACCGCGACCAAUACACACCAAAAUACGGUAGGGAGAGCUAUUGUACUCACCUGGGCGUCAGCGUCACAAUUUGGUUAAGUUUUUGCGUGUAAGCUGGUACCUCCAAAACUACUGAAGGGAAUUGAUUGAAACUUCUUGGUGAUUGUCUAACAUGAUGGGCACAGGUCCCAUAACUAUGAUUUGCUUGUUUACAGAGUUAUGCCCCUUUUUGACAUAGAAAUUCUUUGUUAGUUUUUGCGUGCAAGUUGGUGUCUCCAAAACUCCUGACGGGAAUGGAUUGAAACUUCACACACUUGUUCUCUGUGAUUAUCUAACAUGAUGGGCUUUGGUCCCAUAACUCAGUCCACUCAUUUAAAUGUAAAGUAACCCAUAAGACAUUCAGUGGCUAUAAAUCUGAAAAAGGAAAGACUAUGUGUGCAAAUUCACCCCACGCAGUCGACCGAUUUGAAAGCGCAGCAAAAGAGAAACAAGAGCCAAUAAACAUGUUUCAAGCAUUAUCAUUUUGAAAUCUUAAAUAUCUAUAUAAUGUUCUUGAAAUCAGCUUUUAAAGACUAAUAGUCUAUAUAAGUUUAAAUGAGCGCACGAAUAUAGAAAUUAAGUGCCCGUUAUAAUCAUGUGACAUUUUCACGCUUCGUUUAUACUCACCAUCUAGUGGUUCUCUACCAAGUUUGUUAAAAUUAUCCCCCUAGGGUCAAAUAUGGUCCCUGAUUUUGACCUAGUGACCCACUUUCACAUUUCUGUAGCUACAACCUUCAAAUUUGGACUACAUGCAUAGUUUUGUGCACUGAAAAUAACUUCGACCUUGACAUUGACCUAGUGACCUACUUUUCCCAAUCUUAGAGAAACUUGGUCAGAAUGUUACCCUUAAUAAAAUCUUGGGUGUGAUCGAUAAUAACUAGGUCACCAGGUCAAAUCAAAGGAAAAGCUUGUUACUCUAGAGACCACAGUUUAAGUUUGAAACUUGUGAGAAUUGGUCACAGUGUUUGUCUUGAUGACCUCAAGGUCAAGUUUGAAUCUGGGUCACGUGGGGUGAAAAACUACGUCACCUGAUCAAAUAUAAGAAAAGCUUGUUAACAUGCUGGAGGCCACAUUUAUGACCAUAUUUUCAUGAAACUAGGUCAGAAUAUUAUUCUUGAUGAUCUUCAGGUCAAGUUCGAAUCUGUGUCAUGUGGGGUCAAAAACAAGGUCCUCAGGUCAAAUCAAAGGAAAAGCUUGUUAACACUCUACACCACAGUUUAAGUUUGAAAAUCCUGAGAAUUGGUCAGAAUGGUUGUCUUUAUGACUUCCAAAUCAAGUUUAAAUCAGGGUCAUGUGGGAUCAAAAACUAGGUCACCAGGUCAGAUAUUUAGAAAAGCUUGUUAACAAUCUAGAGGCCUGGUUUAUGACCAUAGCUUCAUGAAACUUGGGCAGAAUGUUAAUCUUGAUGAUCUUUAGUCCAAGUUUAAAUCUGGAUGAGGAGUGGUCAAAGCUAGGUCACCAGGUCAAGUCAAAGGUAAAUCUUUUGUACAUUCUAUAGAGACCACUGUUUAAGUUUGAAUCUUGCGAGCUUUUGUCAGAAUGUUUGUCUUGAUGACAUCUAAGUCAGGCUUUAAUAUGGGUCAUGUAGGGGUCAAAAACUAUGUUACCAAGUGAAUUUAAAGGAAAAACUGCAUUUCUGACUAUAUCUUCAUGAGACUAGGUCAAAAUGUUCAGUAGUUUACCCUAGUUUUUCGUUUCUGAAGCCGUGAAUUUUGUUAAAGCAAACAACUGAACUCGGGUGAGUGAUAUAGGGCCAUUAUGGCCCUCUUGUAUAAACAUGUACAUCUUCACUGUUAGAUGCUUUUAGUUGUCAUCAUGGGUUAAAAAUGUUCACAAGCAUAUUAUACAUGUAUAUAUAUAUAUAUAUUUUUUUAUAAGUUUUAUGUAAAUUACAGCUUAUGAAAAAUUUGACAUACCAUGCACCAGUUUCAUCUAAAUGAAGCAGUAUAGAAUCAAAAUUAGUCUUGUUUAUAGACACUUGACACAAAGUUUCACUUGCUUGUUUAUGAAUGAAAUGAUUCUUUUUUUAUAUCAUGUUAAGUUUUAGCAUCGAAAUUUGUAAAUUAUUUGUUUCAAAUCUUAAAUUAUUUAGCGUUUUUUGCGUGAUUUGUUAGUGCUCAAGUACAUGUAUUAUUAUUUUCUAUUUCUGUUAAUGAAGUAAAUUAUCAGUUUUAUUUGUGACGAAAUUAUCUCUAUCUAUCUAUAUGUACUGCUUCACGCCUCUUCAGAGUAUUAUGGGCAGGGUUCAUGCCGAGUGUUAGUAAGGUAAAAGUAAAACUGGAAGAAGACUUCCAGGCAUAGUAAGACUAUGAGACAUAGUAUGGUUGUUAAAAUGUUAAAAAUAGUAGUAGAAUAAAAGAAGGUAAAAAACAACUGCUGUUUUUAAUACUGGAACAGGGCCACUGCCUGCUUGAAGGAUUCAAGAUCCGGCAGUGUCGCAAUAUGCGGUGGUAACCUGUUCCACAGGACUGUGGUGUGAGGAAAGAAUGAAAAUUAAAAGAAGUCCGAGUUGACGUGAAUUUGGCGGAGACUGAGGAGGUGCAUUUGUCUGGUUAACCUGUUGUACUAUGUAAAUUGGGCAAUGUUCCCUUCUGUAAAUUUGCCAUCAUUUUCCACUGAAAAAUCAUUUGAAAACAGUGGGUAUUGGAACAAGCCUCUUUGAGUGGAAACUGAUGGAAAACAUUAAAAAAAAUAAGGAUGGAAAGGCCAGUCAAAAUUUUUCACCUUUUUCCAUCAAAUGCCAGUAUCAGUGGAGUAUUGGAACAUUUUUCACUAUUUGCCAUUAAAGUUUUUCACUGUUUGCCACUGUCACAUAUUGAUGUAAAAACUGCCAUUGUUUUCCAUUGAAUGCCACUAUCAGUGGAGUAUUGGAAUGUAUUUCACCAAUUGCCACUAAAAUUUUCCACUAUUUGCCACCAUAACUGUUGUGGCAAUCAGUGUAAAAUAUGCCACUGUUUUUCUCUAAAUGCCACUGUUUGCCAUAGAUUUAUCUCCACCAAUCAGCAUGGAGAAUGCCACUGUUUUCCACCAUUUGCCGUCAAGUCCAUGAGGUGUAUACCAUCACUGCAUGUGUUUGAAACAUGAUAUGAAAUAAAUAAUGAAAGAAAGGAAUAUAUAUAAUCAUUAGAGCAGCUUAUGUAUUUUUUACUUUUUAAACUGUCAAUUAAUUCACAUCAUUUUCAUGUUAUUAUUAAAGCACUUAAUUCAACUUUGCUCAUUAGACUUAAACAUUCUUGAAGUGAAUAUGCUUAGAUAAAAGAAAAUUGUUUUGUAUUAAAGGUAGAAAUUUACUAGAACUGUUAAGUAAUAAGAUGUUACAAGAACAUUCCUUACAAUUAACACUGUUCAGUGGGUUUUGUGCUGGAUUAAAUUACCUGCAGAAUACUUACAAAAGUUUACACAUCAAUAGGGUUUCUCUGUGAGCACCAUUCAUUCUGCAGUGUGUAAAUCACUGAAGCCUGAAAAUGUCUCAGGCCUCAUAAUUUUAUCCAUGUGUGUUUUGGCAUAUAUCAGGUACUGCAUAUACACACCUGAUACUUUAUCUGAAAAGUAAUUAUGAUAAAAGAAUUUAAACCUUUUUAUGUUUAUUAUUGAUUCAGUUUGUGUAUAAACUGACAAGAGAUGAAUAACUGAAGAAUAAAUGGUCAUUUGAAAAGAUUGAGUCAGCAUUUAAUUUACUCAAGUUUAUUCUGAAGCUUCCUGAAUGUUAUAAAACAUGUUUAAAUAGAAAAUAAGUAAAUAGAUGUACUUACCUAGUGUCCAUUUAAAAGUUAUUUUAGCAGCAUAAACUGUUUAAAUUCCAGCUGCAUGUGUAAAGGAAUAUCUCCAACAAAGAAGUUCCUGUUUACUUUUAAACUUUUGAUAUUCUUGAGCAGCUUUCUAUUUUGCUAUCUAUUGUUGAAGGAAUCUCCACUAGAAUGUUUUAACAAAUACUUAUAUCUACUAAAAAGAGAAUAUGUUUGAUGUAUUUAAAAGGCCUUUGAAAUAAAACAGGACUGUUGAGAUUA